GUCAGGUCCCAGCCGCGGCCGCCGCGGAUUACGGUGCCCUGCAGAAGGCCAUCAUGGAACGUGUCAGCCUGACGACUGAGGGCCACCGCCAGCGCCUGCGCGGUCUGCGGUGGGACAAGUCGGCCCACCCCUUCCUCUUCACGCAGUGGGUCCUGGACUCCGCCCGGCGGUGGCUGCAGCUGGAGCGGCCAAGACCAGGAGCAGAUUGUGGAGCAGGUGGCACUGGAGCAGUUCAUGGCGGCCAUGCCGACUGCCACUGCGGACUGGCUCCAGUGCCACCGACCGGACAUGCUCACAGAUGCAAUCCGCCUGGCCGAAAAUCAUCUGGCAGCAAACCCCAACAAGCCCCUAGCGCCCAGACCCGCUGCCCAUGCCGGGCCUUCGCCCGACCCCAGCCGUCCAACCCCGUGUCUCGCGCGCACUUUCACUUCCCCAGCCCGCCCUUCCCCGACCGGGAAUCCGUCGUCGCGGCGGGGUUUCCCCCUUUCCCUUUAUCCCCUUCUUUUUCCUCUCCUCGGGGGACCCCCCCAUCGGCCGGAAUGCAGGGACCAGUGUGCUGGCGGUGCGGGGAUCUGAGACAUCUGCAGCAAGAUUGUCCCGUCAUGGACAUCGGCGCCGCGGAGGACGCCAGCGCAGCUGCUCCUGGUCCAGCUCCUCGAUACCAUGUUCCGCAGUCGAGGGAAGAAACCGAGGAGAACCAGACCGAGACAACCGCUGACCUGAUCCCUGACACGAAGCCCACGUCCUGAUCGACUCGACUCUCACAGCCAGCACGAAACCUUUCCCUACCUGUUCCCUGCUCCCCCUUUCCCA